GGCUGGGAGAGAGGUUUCCAUGGUGACGACAAACAAGGCCAGGAUUAGAGGGGCAGCUCCUGAGCUGCCACCUCUACGGCGCCAUGAUCCCCCCCGCAGACUCUCUGCUCAAGUACGACACGCCCGUGUUAGUGAGCCGGAACACGGAAAAACGGAGCCCCAAGGCUCGGCCACUGAAGGUCAGCCCCCAGCAGCCUGGACCCUCCAGUACAGUCCCACAGCCACCUAAAGCCAGGCUGCCCUCAACUGCCUGUGUUCCAGAUCCUACAAAGCAGGCAGAAGAAAUUUUGAAUGCCAUUCUGCCCCCAAGGGAGUGGGUGGAAGACACACAGCUAUGGAUCCAGCAGGUGUCCAGCACCCCCAGCACCAGGAUGGACGUGGUCCAUCUCCAGGAGCAGCUGGACCUGAAACUGCAGCAGCGGCAGGCCAGGGAGACAGGCAUCUGCCCUGUGCGCAGGGAGCUCUACUCACAGUGUUUUGAUGAACUGAUCCGGGAGGUCACCAUCAACUGUGCGGAGAGGGGGCUGCUGCUGCUGCGCGUCCGAGAUGAGAUCCGCAUGACCAUUGCUGCCUACCAGACUUUGUAUGAGAGCAGUGUGGCAUUCGGCAUGAGGAAGGCACUGCAGGCCGAACAGGGGAAGUCAGACAUGGAGAGGAAAAUUGCAGAUUUAGAGACGGAAAAGAAAGAUCUGGAGAGGCAAGUAAAUGAGCAGAAGGCAAAAUGUGAGGCCACCGAGAAGAGGGAGACCGAGAGGCGACAGGUGGAGGAGAAGAAGCACAAUGAGGAAAUUCAGUUCUUAAAACGGACAAAUCAGCAGUUGAAGGCCCAACUGGAAGGCAUUAUUGCACCAAAGAAGUGAUAAUUUCCAUAUGGGUCUCAGUGAGCACUCCCACCCCCAUCAUAAGCCCUUUGUAAUAAAAAGCUGGUUUCCUGAAUGAACAAUGCAACCCAUCCCCAAUCACCAGCUACGUAUUUGUCAGGAGUCACACUAUGGCCUGUGUCAUGAAGCACCUGGUCUGGUGGUUAGGCUGCUGGUUGGGCAACGGAAGGUAGUGUAACCCAGUCUGAGUGUGCAGCUUUAGGGUCAACCUGGAGACUUUGUCAAUUCAAAUCUUAAGAAGCAACUGAUUUCCCAACAACCCUAAGUACUGACUUCUGGCCAAGCAGCUGCUCCUGUCUCAAAUUCUUGCUUCAAUCCAUCUCAUACCUUAACUUGGGCUUCCCUGGCCCCAGUCCUUUCACGUUCAUACCUACUCAAAUGCAAUUUUUAGUAAAUCUUCUUGGAGCUAUGG